AUGAGCAAUCUAUAUAGGAAAGAGCAUUCUGCUCUUGAAGACAUUCUCGGGGCAGAUGCUGUGACCAUUAUUGAGAAAGGACCGUUAUAUCGUGAGAACUAUUUCACGUGCAAGCUUAGACUACAGGCCCUGGAUGCAAGUAGAAUUGAUGUACCCGGGUACACAGUUAUAUUGGCCUUCUCCACAAAGACAUAUAAGCCUUCGAAAGUCAAGGUAGCGAUUGCUGGAAAAGACCUUCCACCUUUCUUUAAAGAGGCAUUAGCCAAGCAUGUCACCGACAUGAUUGGAGAGCUUGGAGUAGAGGAGACUGUGAGAAGGCUAGCCGAGGAUUAUGACGCAUCGCUUUUAAAGCUCUGGACCUACUUUGAAAGGUAUCAACAUUAUGAAGGCACAACGACCAUUAUGCGCUACCAACUUCGAUCAGAACCACCUCCUAUUAAAUCCGCAGAUACCAAGGAUCUCACUCUUCAGCUACCACCAUCACCUCGCUGCUCAGCCUCUGCACCAGAGUCAACCAUAUCGUCAUCAAAGAAAGCCUCAGUCGAGUCGGUCAUUAAUCCAGUGGAAAGAUGUACUGCGUUAGUCACCAUUCCAGCAGCCGACACUAAGGCUGUCAAGGACUUGGAGAAUACUUUAGCCACAUCGACCGGCGAUGUAAUUACUUGGGAGGUUUCAGCACCCAAGGACCUGAAAUUCAGAUCUCUCUCUGACUUCAAAACCCUUGGAGAAUACUAUGCGGAUCUCUACGCACGCUCAGCUGGUGAGAUUCCCGAAGAGCUAAAGCAUGCUGUGAAGCAUAAGCUCGCCUAUUUUGCCAAGUCCUCUAUGUGUUCUAAGGAAUCUGAACUUCAAGCUACUCCCUAUGUCCCUAGCACUCGCUCCAUUAAUGUAAUCCCCAUCAAUAGCAAUCCUUCAUGGACUGAAGAAAAUAGUGCAACAUAUUCGCAAAUAUUUGAGGCACUCCUCGGGGGCGAAACGACAGUUAAACCAGUUGAUACAAAGGUCACAGUCACCAAUCAGAAUGGACAGCAGAUCAGUGAGAUACGUGGGAUUUACAAUCCGGUAAUGAGCGACGGAUUGACGAUUGCUCCCCGAUGCAUCUCAACGAUUCAAUUAUUAAAGCUGGGGCGAUAUUUCUUUGAGAACGGAUUCACUGUUCUCUCUUCCACAUCUGAUACCAUUCUUCUCCAGUUCAAUUUCCCAUUUUCUCUUUUGUCUGAAGAAUCUAUAGAGAAGCUGCGACCAAACUUUCCGUCUCUUUGCAAAGGGAUUUCUGAGUUCCCCGACAUGCAUCUUCCUCUAAUAAUAAACGUUAUGCUCGGCGAGAGGGCCAAGACCCCGCUCGUAAAUCCAGAUCCUAAGCACACACUCCUACAAAUAGUACAGUCCAUCGCAAAAAGAGAUAUAGCCAUAGAGUAUUCAGCUGAUAAGUACGACUAUGAUGUGUUGUACUAUUUGACCAAAGGAAUUAAUCUAAUGCUACACAUGGCCCCGUCUAUCACAAAAGAUCCCUUCUUGGAAGACACCUGCCCAGCUAACGAAUUAGAAAUAUAUGAGCAAGUCAUCCAUAAGCAGGUGUCGGAUCUAAUUGCCGCCCUGCCUGGGACUCUAUCGAAAAUACCAGUUGACGAUAGAUUGACUACUUUUACGGACAUACAUGCAUUCUUUACUAUCUUUCUUCCAGACAUUCUCGCGGACCUUCUGAAUGCCAGUGCGGAGAAGGCCAGUGCCUUGAAAGUAGCGCGGGCUCUGGGGAAGAUUAAGGCGGAUGGAUACACUCCAUUUGACGAAGAAGAUACCACGUCUUCAGACAGCAGUGGAUCAAAUAGCGCCGAUGACACAGACAAUAGUAGCGAAGAGAGCACAGAAUCAUGCAUUGGCAACUAUGACUUUAGCGGUAUUCCGGCAUCAGUGUGUGAGAACUUUCUGCUCAAUAAGGACGCGUUCGCUGCUGCUGCUGCUGAUGAUGCUGACAGCAAACACGAUAUACUAGACGAGUUAGACAACGAAAAGAAGCAGCACGAGAGGCAGCGAAAAAGGCUGAGUGGCCUACGCCUCUACAUUAAGAACCUAUCUCUGACUGGAGCCAUCCUACUCCAAUUUAAGACACCGCAUAUCACGACUGUUUGCUCAAAGUGCCUACGCAUAGCAGUUCUCGUCCUAACUCCCAGGGAGGGAGAGGGUGCAACACUUUUUGGUUCAACAAACUGUACUGGCUGUGGUCACACCAUGCAGAUCAUAGCAGAGUCAUUGAUCUUUAACGGUUUCUCAGGCGGUCCCCAUGGUGCGGAGGCUUUACUCGUUGAAUCACAUACCUCCUGUCUACCUAUCAAUCUAGCCAAUAUCAAUAAGUGUGGAAUCAUAUGCCAGUGCACGUCUUGCCAUAGUACCAGUGAACACAACGGAUGGAGACUGAUUCAAGGUGGCCACAAGGUGAGCUUUGUCCAGAGCUUCUGCCCAAUAUGCUUUGACAAGAUACGUCUAUGCUACAGCACGGCAAUCUUUGCACUGCAAAAUGGCAUGACUAUACACCUUCCUAAGACAGCAUCUAUUCAGCAGAAGAAGCAGCAGAUUCAACCAGGCCCCCUACCAAACAACGGAUCCUGCAAGCACGCGUCCCACAGCUACCGCUGGUUCCGUUUUGCAUGUGGACUUGCAUAUCCUUGCGAUACGUGCCACAGUAAAGCAUGUGCAUGCGGAAAUUCAGUGGCAAGCAUGCAAGUCUGUGGGUUCUGCGGAAAAGAUUCGGGCGUGCAACCAACGUGCCCAUAUUGCAAGAGAGACCUUACGCAUAAGAGGACUGCACACUGGGAAGGAGGCUCUGGGUGUCGAGAUAGAGUCUCCAUGUCGCGGAAAGACAACAAAAAGUACUCUGGAAGCCAUAUAAAAACACGCUCUAAAAAGGCGGAGAAGCGGGAUGAGAUGCGGCACCGCGGGAACGCUAAAAAGAAGCCCGGGGACAAAUGGUAA